UUAUUCUCUUUAAAAUUGGAGAAAGCUCUUUUUUUAAUAUUCAAAUGUUAUUAUGAUCAUUUGUAUUUACAGGUACAAACAAAAUGAUUUAAUUUCAAAAUGAUUUCCGUAGCCAUUUCAAAAAUUAGUCAGCGUGUUAUUUUUGUGGACACCCUUUAUUAUGCAACUUGAAUUUUUUUUAAAGAAAACUAAUUUUUCUUUUUGAUUUUAGACAACUAUGAAAUAAGGCCCAACAAAAUUAAAUUAUUCUAUACAUUAAAAUUCACCAAAUAUAAACAAACAAUUUUAAGAAUUAAUGUCUAUUACAUAAAGUCCACUAUAUUUCAUUUCUAUAAAAUAUAUGCUUUUAAGUUCUAUAUAGUUCACUUUAUAUUAUACCAACCAUUCAAAAUACAGUUUCAUAAUUUUAAUACAUCAUAAACAAAUAUAUGAACAGUUUAAGUUGAGAUGUUUUUCUCAAUUAUGAUUAUAAAUAUUCUCUUUAAAAUUGGAAAAAGCUCUUUUUUUAAUAUUCAAAUGUUAUUAUGAUCAUUUGUAUUUACAGGUACAAACAAAAUGAUUUAAUUUCAAAAUGAUUUCCGUAGCCAUUUCAAAAAUUAGUCAGCGUGUUAUUUUUGUGGACACCCUUUAUUAUGCAACUUGAAUUUUUUUUAAAGAAAACUAAUUUUUCUUUUUGAUUUUAGACAACUAUGAAAUAAGGCCCAACAAAAUUAAAUUAUUCUAUACAUUAAAAUUCACCAAAUAUAAACAAACAAUUUUAAGAAUUAAUGUCUAUUACAUAAAGUCCACUAUAUUUCAUUUCUAUAAAAUAUAUGCUUUUAAGUUCUAUAUAGUUCACUUUAUAUUAUACCAACCAUUCAAAAUACAGUUUCAUAAUUUUAAUACAUCAUUUUUAUAGAUCAUUUUAAUAUCAACCUCACUCCGCGCAGGGCGCGGAUCCAAUCCUAGUUCUUUAUUAUUUCUCUCUAUAGGAUUGAAACCAAGAGUUCUAAAGAUCCUUUUCGUAUCAUUUUAGUUUUAUCAGUUUUUUAUUUGUUUCCUUAUAAUUUGUUUCUUUCGUAUUUUAUUUUUCUAUUACUUAUGUUUCUUUUGAUAUUAUAAUGAUAAUUUUUAUUAUGAAAUCAGUAAUUCUAAUUCCUAUGUUUUGUUUUUUUAAUUCAUAAUAAAUUAUUAUAAAUUUUUGCAUACUAUUAUAUAUUUUUUCAUAAAAUAUAUCAAAUUUACACCUAAUCAACCACACAAGCAUUUAAAAAAAAAAAACAAAUAAGCUUACAUUAUAUAUACAUGCACAAUUUCGUUUGAUAUGUACCAUUAGAUCUAAUAUUUGUGCAUAUAACAAGAUUUUUAAUAUGUAUAGAUUUAAAAGUAAUAACUUUAAAACCAAUCACACUAUUGAUAACCAAUCACAUGCACAAAUUCAAAUUGAUAAUAUCUUUAAAUCUAUUCACUCUGCGCAGGGCGCGAGUUAUCACCUAGUUCAUAGUAUUUUUAUAACCUUAGCAAAUUAUUUUACACAUGUUUUCUAUCUUCAUCAUUUAUUGUUGAUAGUUAAUUCUCUUGAAAACAUGUGUAAAAUAAUUUGUAAAUCAUCAAUAUGAUAUUUCGAAGAAGUACAUGAAAAAGAACAAAAGAUUUAUAUGUUUACGUUAAUAUUACAGGUCAACUUACUUUGGUUGCCAACGGUCCACCAUUUGUUUUGCAAAUCAGAAAAAGGAAACUUCCAGAACCAAACAGAAAAAAGGAAAUUAGGUCAGCAUGUCAACAUAUUAAAAAAAAAAAGGAAAUUGUGAGAAAAAAAAGGAAAACAUCAGUUACAUUAAGUAUAUAACACAUCAAUCAUCAUCAUCACUUACAAAAUACAAUCUGUUUUGCAUAAAGAAAUAUUACCUAGAGAGAAACAAUGAGAGAAAUUUUUGGUUCUAAGAAUGAAGAAGAGAUGGAACUGAUUAAGAAAGUUCUAAAAACGUGUGAGUUCAUAGCCGUGGAUACGGAGUUCCCGGGUUGUUUGAAGGAGACUCCUAUAGGCGCUACGGACGAGACUCGAUACAAGAAUUUGAAGUUCAAUGUCGAACGGACAAAACCUAUUCAACUAGGUUUCACUCUGUUUGAACGCGACGGAAGUAUCGGGGGUACGUGGGAGGUUAAUUUCAAGGAUUUUGAUGCGAGAACCGAUGCUUGUAACGAGAAGUCGAUAGAGUUUCUUAGACGCAACGGUCUCAAUUUCAAGAAAAUCAGACAAGAGGGAGUGGGGAUGGAAGAGUUUUUCAAAGAGUUCGGUCAGAUUCUCAAAGACGUGGACAACAAGUUGAAGUGGGUUUCGUUCGACGGUUCGUACGACUUAGCGUAUCUGGUUCAAGGCCUGACCGGAAGAAAACCACUGCCCGAGACUUUAGAAGCUUUUAACAAAACCGUUGAGGAAACUCUAGGGCUUACUUUUGAUGUCAAGAAGAUUGCGGUUGAUUGCAAAGGUGUGUCUGCCCGUUACGGUUUGCAGAGAAUAGCAGACGAUCUUCACAUCAAACGUGUGGGUGAUGCGCACCAUGCCGGUUCCGACAGCGAGCUCACUGCCCGAGUGUUUACUGACUUGAUAUUCAGCAUAUCGAAGGAGCAAAAGAGAGAGCUUGAAGAGGAGAAACAGAAUGAAGAGCGUGUGAGACGUGCUAUGCAUAUUAUGCACGAAUCGGAACAAAAGAGAAAGCGUGAAGAGGAGGAAGAGACUGAAGAGCGUAUGAAACGCGCUAUGCAUAUUAUGCACGAAGCUGAAGAAGCUUUUGUGAUGGAAAGACGUGGUUAUGUGACGGUACAGCCAAGAUGUGGUUACUUACCGGUACUGCAUCCACCACCAAGACCGGUUGUGUUCCAUCCUUACCCACCACAGUUUGCUGGCUACUUUGUACAGCCACAGCGACACAUUCAUCCAUUGUUUUUACAUUAAAGCAACUAUGUAUAUAUAUUAACAUCGUUCCUUAAAUACAAAUUUUAAUUUUCAUCUCAUCUAUGCAUUUUGUGUUUUCUCAAUUGCGUUAUUUCAACUUCGGAUACAACCAUACUCUUUUAAAAACCACAACUAAGAGUUGAACAACUUGGCUUGCUUUGCUGUUACAAUUGGUCUUGUCAGUGUUUGGCUUUUAUUUGGUCUGAAAUUUGGCUAGAGAUGGUCAUGUUCCUACCCUUUGACUAUUGGGUUGGGACUGUGAUAGAAGAUGGAAAAGACGAUCUUGUUGCUUAUCGUACGAACCGAAACCAUACCAAGACGAGAAGGCUAUGAACCCCAACGCCAAGGUCCUUCAAAUCCAGAGAGAAACCUCUCUUAACUUGCCUCAAAUGGAGAGACACUCCUCUAAAGAUCCCAAUUACAAGGUGAUCUAACUGUCAAGGUAAAGAAGUCUAUUUGUACUCUCUUAACGGUCUUCUCUGUUCAGGUUGCCAGCUCAGCUUCAUUCUAAGAGUCUCCUUGUGCCAGCUCAGCUUCUGUACUCAGCAGACUGUUACAUCUCUGGUAAAUAAAAGAGAGACAAGGUAAGGCCUUUUGAUGGUUUUCAUCUUUAUGUUUGGAUUUCUCUUUCAAGGUGCCCAUCGUUUGCUUGGUCAUCUAAAUAGGUGAUGGCACGAGCUACAUCUGUGCCCCACAAAUAAACAAACUCCCUUGUGACAUAUCUCUCUGCCUUCCAUAUCAAAUCCGCAUUUACUGUUUUGUAUUAUACUAUAAGUAGCUUACAUGGUUGAAAUCCAAUAAUUAAUUCUCUGCUGCCUUGUAUUUGUAGAUAACUUGUUGGACAGCAUCAAAUGGGAUGACAAAGAAUUAGCUGUGACAAUAGCACAAACGUUGACACUGUAGCGGUGUUAAUGCCAGGCUUUGCUCUCUCCACAACCAUCACUUCUCGGAAAUCCAAUUUAUAGACAAAGGGAGAGACGUCCAAUAACUUCAUCAAUGUGCUUAUGCGAUCGAGAUUCGGUUUGUCUAUCUGGAACCACCUGUUAUUAUAAUCUGACUACUAUUUAGAUUAACUACUAUUCAGUAAACUUUAUUGGUUUGUGAUUGUUCAGAUAAUAUACCUUGAAAGUUGGAACACCUGAUGGGCCUACUUGUCACACAUGCUCAAAGACUUGUUACUACACCUCAGUGUUCGAUCAACUAAACAAUGAUGAGGUGUGCUAUACUUUUUUCAUCUUUUCUGUGGCAAGAGAUGGAUUGAAAUUGAAAGGUUCGUUUGAAAGUGAAGGCCCACGCGAUAACUUUAGUAAGGCCUUCGGUCACACCCCAUUCCUUGCUCUAUAAAAUAACUUGAAACUCAAGUGUAAGAAACUCAGGUUGCUUAUCAGGUUUCCAGAAAGCAUUCAGAGCAAGUACAACAAAAGGCAAAUAGAGUGGCGGUGAAGAAACUCAGGUUGCUUAUCAGGUUGUGUUGCUUGGUCGUUGUUCAUUUAUCAUCUAACGUUGGUCAGCUAGUGUGAUUAGCUCAGAGUCUCUUUAAUUCUUCUCAAAGAAGAAGAGAUCAUACAUUAGCUUAGAAUUACAAUGUAAGCUUAGCAUAUUGUACACUCUUGUUCUUCAUACUAUUCGAUCAUUGGGAGGACGGACUCUCCCAGAAGUACCGUUUACAAAUGUUGAAUAAGGGCCGUUGAAUAAUGUAUUUGCGAUAAAUUAUUUUUGAAGUUACUCGGAAGUUAGUAACGUUCAACUUUGUCUGUCAUGGAAUUUUGUAUUGUAUCAGAUGUUCAAUCAGAUAAAAAGGAUAAUGAAUUUUUCUUUUUGAAAACCGUGGAUCCCAAAGGUUUUUUAAGCCCAAAAACUAUUUUCGCGAGACAUUGCAUCUGGAUAUGCAACUAAUCCAUCAAUAUGGUACGGUUAGAUGGUCAAGGGGAAGCAAAUCUAUGAUAGAAAUUUUGGCUAGAGCUCUUUUACCAAUAGGCUAAAGAUAAUGAAUUUAUCUUCUACUAAUCGUAUUUUCUACCAAUAAAAAUUUAGUUAACGAAGAUUUUAUUAUUGUUAAACCAGUUAUUUUAUCGGGAAAAGUGUAUUAUAAAAAACUGUGGUUAAUAAAGAUGAUUUGAUUCUAAACCACUCGGUUUAUCAUGAAAGGUUCCCAUAAAAAGAUGUGAUCAACCAAAAUUAAUGUUGGAAACCAACUAGUUGGUCCCAGACGUAUUUUAUAUUAAAAAUGAUUAACCAACAUUAAUAAUUGUAAACAAGUAGGUAAACAAAAUUAUAAAUCAUAAACCAAUUGGUUAAUCUGUAAAUAGUUCCUGUUCAAUUAUAAAUAUAUAGUGAUAGCUCUGGAAAAAAUAAAUUUUUGUUUUUUAAAAAACUAUUAUUAUUUGUGUUGCGAAAUGGAAAUAUGAAAUUUCUAAAACAAAAAUAUGAAAUUAUGUCAACAAGUCAACACAUUUUUAAAAAGAAAUUGUCGAAUAAAAGAAACUCUAAAGAUCAUUGAUAUGUCGCUAAUGUCUAAUAUAAUAGUAACCAAUAUUAUUAAUCGUAAACCAAAAUGUUAAUCCGAAAAUAGGUUCGGUUCAAUUAAAAAAUAUAUAUUGAUACGUUCCGAAAGAAUCACUAUUUUUUUGAAAAAUAAUUAUUAUUUUGCUUUGAGAAAUGGAAAAAUAAACAAAAGAGAAAUUAAGGCAACAAGUCAAUGAGUUUAUAAAGUUGUCAAGAAAAGUAAAACUUAAAUUUGGGUGAUACAUUACUAACAUAACGUCUAUAAAAAUAAUAAUAAUCAUCAUCUGACUUCACCUCGUACACUUUCUUCUUGCUAACGAAAUUUAAGAGAGAAAGCAGAUGUCAUACACCAAAUACAAAGAAAUCUUCUUCGCUAAUAAGGUAGAAGAGAUGAAUUAGAUCAAAAAAGUAUUAAAGAAAAGAUGAUCUCUAUUAUAAAAGUGUUAAAAAUGUGGUCAACCAACAUUAAUAGUUGUAAGAAAUUAGGUAACCAGAAUUAUUUAAUCGUAAAUGAAUAUGUAAAUCUGAAAAUAUAUUCGGUUCAAAUUUAACUAUUAAAAUAGAAGUCAUAAUUUUUUCUCAUGUGUACUUUUUUUUAUUUAGAUAAUUUAUUAAAAUUUAUUAAAUAUUUAUUUUCUUACCUAGUCAUAUCCAAAAAAUAAAUUGAUUGAUCAUGUAAAUUAUACGCAAAUGUAUAAUAAUCCCAUUGUAUCAUAUCCAUAAUCGUGAUGUUCGAAGUUAUGAACAAUUGUUGUACACUUAAAUAUUCUGUUUUUACCCUUGUUCGAAAACGCGGCAUCGGCGGCCGAUUACUCGCCGGAUAAACGUGACGCAGAGGCAAACCGUGGCGAAUUGACCUUAUACGGUCAGUUACUCGGGAAAAAAAAAGAAAAUGUCACUAUUUUGUAGUUUUUCAUUCGAAAUCACUUUUUAGGUUAUAGAUCUAUUAUAUGUAGGUGUGGAUCCGUAAGAUUAUCAAGCAAAACUGUGAGAUAGUGAAAAAAAAACGGCCGUAAAAAAUCUCAGGUUCAACAGGUUGACGAUGAGGAUAUUUCUGUAAUUUUGAAGUUCAUUAAACCUAACACAAACCUUGCCUCGAACCUGCGACAUGUGCCACAUUUAGAAAGGAACUAACCAAUAGACCAAGCAUCUACAUCGUAAGAGUUGGACAAAGUUAGUAUAUAACCCCUAGAAGUAUAUAAAUGCCCUAAAACUAAUCUCCGCUUAAUCUUCGAUUAAUCCCCGAUUUUUUUUAUAAAUCGCUAGGCCCAACCCAAGCGCACGGAUAGCGCCUAGUGAGUUUCCGAAUAGGGGUUUUUACAUAUGAUAAUUUUAUGUUCUCUACAUUUACUUGGAAAAUUGAUUUUAUAGGAUAGAUAUGAAAAAAAAAAACAAUUAGCCAGGUUGUAAUGAUAUUCAGUUUAAUUAUUGAUCAAGUUUAUUUUUUAGUCUUAGUAGCAUAUAAGUUUGUUAAUAAAUUUACUAAAUAGAAUAAACUGAAUAUCAACUGCAGUUUAUGUUUCCUCAGUUAAGGUAUCCCAACUUCGAAUACAAAGUGGAACACCAUAAACUCUUCUUCGAGUUGUUCUCAAAAAGAUGUUUUUAUUAAGAGACUAUUCACAACUGAUCGACUCAACACUCUCUCUAUACACAAUAUCAAGUUCUCUCACAUAUUUUAAAUAGGCUACAUAUAAAACACAAGGACUGGAACUUCAUAUAGAUGACAUAGAUAUUAGUUGUCUCAGUCUCAGCAUAACAGUUAUAGCUGGGAGUUAAUGAAGUUCAAAAACUUCUU